CAUACUAGGAUGAUUGGGAGAUAAUAGGGACCAUGGUUUGCAAAUAUCAAACCAAAAGGCUGUACUACGAUAUGAACCUGUGAAUGGAUGAUUAGCGCCGCCUCGUACAUUCUAUGCAUACAGCACCUGUCUUUCCAGCUCCCCCCCAAGCAACAGAUUAGUAAACCAACCAAGUCAGAUUGAUCCACCAGAUUAUGGUAGCGAGCUAUGGCUACUCGAUUCUUUGCAAGGGGAACCCGGAAGGAAGCUUCGACCAUAGGGCAAUCGGAAAAACCAAUUCAAUGGGAAGAACCAGUUCUGAAGCACGAGUUUAAAGGACACAAGGAGGCGAUUUGGGGGUUUGUUUUCUUGCAUGACAACAUCCAUAUCGUGAGUGGUUCAUUGGAUGGCACUAUGCGCAAGUGGAACUGCGACACGGGACUUGUUGUCGGGGAACCAUGGGAAGGUGAGGGUGGAGGCAUAUAUGCGCUGGCACUUUCACCGGAUGGGAAGAUCAUUGCGUGUGGGAGGGAGGAUGGAAGCGUUCAGCUGUGGAACACCGAUGGGAAGAUGAUCGAAGGCGUUUGGACAAGUCAUAGCAGGGCGGUGCGGUCGCUCUCGUGGUCACCCAACGGAAGUCGACUUGCUAGCGGGUCCGAUGAUGGAACAGUCCUGAUUCGAAAUACAGAAAGUGGGAAAGUCGAGGUGGGCCCGAUCGAUGCGAAGCAAGGCGGUGUGUGGAGUCUUGCAUAUUCACCUUCGGGUGAGAGAAUUGCAUCAGGCGGGCAAAAUGAAACAAUUCGCAUCUGGGACACGAAGACCGGCAAGCUUGUCGUUGGCCCCAUCAAAGGCCGGUUUGAUGUGACGUCGUUGGUGUGGUCGUCAGACAGCACAAAAGUUUACACCGCAUCCGACAGAUUCGCACGUGUUUUUGACGGCAAAACAGGCGAACCGCUCCAUUCCUUCGAGCACGACCAUUACCUGUGGUCUAUUGCACUUUCUCCCAAUCACAAUGUCCUGGCCUGCGUGGGCUUCGGUGUUGCACAGUUAUGGGACACAGAGUCCCAUCAGCAAAUCGGCCAGUCAUUCCACCAGAUUUACGACAUCCUUUACUAUGCCAGUGUGUCGUUCUCCCAAGACGGGAGCCAUCUAGCAUAUGGUGGAUCCGACAAUAAACUCACUCUAUGGGUGGUCAAAUACAUGCCAGUGGCUCCUCAGCUGCCGGCAUCCACACUGCUUCAACAAUGCGAUAGACAAUGCGUACAGGAGGAAACUCGAUUAAACUCCCCAUUAUCAUCAUGCCUCAAUAUUGAUGCUACAGGGGGUAGUGGCUUCAUUGAGGAGGCGCACAGCGACCCAUACAACAACUUCUUCCAAUCUUCGCAGCAAUCUCUCCCAUCGCCGUCGCCUGGUUUCCAUAUCCCCUACUUGUUUUUGGCUCGCCGCCUCCGAUAUGUCAUCUCUCGACAUCACCCAUCAGACGAGUCCGUUCCACAAGAACGCUCCAAACGUGGUUUCUUCAGUCGUCGUACUCGCUCAAACUCAUCCCUGGAGCUCGCAACCUGUUAAACCCAACCAGCCAGUACCAGAAGGUAAACGAGGAGAAGGUGAAGGUGAACAACGUCAAACUGUUGACGAUGUGAGUGCGGUUUCGACUCUUGCACACUGUUAUCUCAGUACAACGGUG